GAGUAACGGUCGCCGCCUGCCGUUGAGGGAGCGGCAGGGCGCAUGCGCGGGGGGAGGCGGCAGCGGCUCCUCGGCCUCGCGGCGGAGGAAGACGGGCGGGAUCCCAAAGCUGAGAGGACGCGGCGUUGCUCCCUCGCCCGGUCACCAUGGCUGACCAACUGACCGAGGAGCAGAUUGCAGAGUUCAAGGAAGCCUUCUCCCUGUUCGACAAAGACGGCGAUGGCACCAUCACCACCAAGGAACUGGGCACCGUGAUGCGCUCCCUGGGCCAGAACCCCACCGAGGCGGAGUUGCAAGACAUGAUCAACGAAGUGGAUGCGGAUGGCAACGGCACAAUCGACUUCCCAGAAUUCCUCACCAUGAUGGCCCGGAAAAUGAAAGACACAGACAGUGAAGAAGAGAUCCGCGAGGCCUUCCGAGUUUUCGACAAGGAUGGCAAUGGGUACAUCAGCGCCGCCGAGCUGCGCCACGUGAUGACCAACCUGGGCGAGAAGCUGACGGACGAGGAGGUGGACGAAAUGAUCCGAGAAGCGGACAUCGACGGGGACGGGCAAGUCAAUUACGAAGGUAAGGAGCCGAAGACGUGCGGCCCGAGAACACGCCGUCUUGUGCAGGCGGGCCUCUAUUCCAGGGCCAGUGGUUUAGUAUUUCUUUUUUUUUUCUUCCUGCUGAGCUCUUGAGAACACUGAGGACUA